GCGGAAAAAACUCAUCAUGAUCCCUCGAGACAAUCAGCAAUACGCCAAGAGGGAGUACUGGGACGAACGGUGUGCCAGAUCUGGCGGGAAUGCGUUUCCAUUCAUCUGCUUCCUUUCCCUCUGCCUCAGGUUCGCAUCUGAGGAGAGCUACGAAUGGUUGGUGUCAUUCGAUGGCGUCAAAGGGCAGCUGACGCCUCUGCUGCGGGAACAAGAUGACAUCUUGGUCGUUGGUAAGCCACGCACAGAGAACAGUUAACCACUCACAGAGUCACACACAUCCCGCCAUCUCUCUCUCUCCUUGUUUGAAGGCUGCGGCAACUCGAGCUUCUCGGCUGACCUGUUCGAUGCCGGCUAUCGUCACGUCACGAGCAUCGACUACUCAUCGAGGGUCAUCGAGCGCAUGACGGCCCGGUACCCUCAGCUCAAGUGGCUGUGUGCCGACAUGACGAAGCUCGAGGACAGCUUCCCUGCCGGCAGUUUCGAUGUCGUCAUCGACAAGGCCGCGAUGGACGGUACCACUUACUAAGGAUAUGGUAACACGCAGUGACUGGGAUGCAUUCCAGAGGGCCUGACCGGUAGCCGUGAUUGGUGGUUUACGCAGCGUUAGUGUGUGAGGAGGGUGACCCGUGGAACCCCAAUGAGAGUGUCGUCCAAUCCUGCGACGCCAUGUGCAGAGGUACGCAGGGGAGCCGCACACACUCAGUCAAGAACAUCGUUAAUUGCGGCUGCCUGUGCGAAUGUGUGUAGGUGUGCGGCAUGUGCUCAAGCCAUCGUCUGCUGGCGACCCGCCCAGCCCUUCUCGGUUCAUCCAGAUAUCGUUCGCACAGCCGCACUUCCGGCGCCGGUAUCUGUUGGGCACUCAUGGCAGGCCGAGGGAAGCUGACAAACCGAAUGAGGAAGGGCUGCAUGUGAGCGAGAAAUAUCAGUGGACGCUGAGGCAUCAAGACAUCGUGUCCGAGAGUGGAGCGUUCAACAACUUUUUAUAUGUCUGCUGCUGCAUGUGAGGGGUGUAUAUAAUAUUGUGUUGUGUGUUGGACUGGCGGGCUGCUGGUGAGACUUUUAAUUGUGUUG